ACAUGAAGUAUGGCGUCUCCAAGGUAAAAAUACCAGGGGAAGUGCUCGCCGCCAAUUGCCUGGAACAGACACGAGGAACUUCAGCAAAGUCAGAGGAUUAACUGCCGCCGCCAAUUGCCUGGAACAGACACGAACAGUUGCUAGUCACCAAGCGAUUCAUAACUUCACCGCCAAUUGCCUGGAACAGACAUGA